CAUUAAAUUCCAAAUCUAGGGCUCCGAACCGUUCUCUCCCUUUCUCAGAUGCACCCCAGCCCCAGCUGAGACACUUAUCUCAGAUACAUAAGAGAUCAACUUCAAAGCUGUCAAGCCCGCCAGUUCACUUUAUUGACUAAGAUGACAGAGCCUUCAAAAGUUCUUCAUGUUCGAAACGUGGGUUACGAGAUAACUGAGAAUGAUUUGCUUCAACUGGUUCAGCCUUUUGGGGUUGUUACUAAAUCAGUGAUGCUUCGUGCAAAGAACCAGGCUCUUAUCCAGAUGCAGGAUGUGGGAUCCGCUGUCAAUGUAAUGCAAUACUACGCAAAUAUUCAACCUAGUGUUCGGGGGAGAAAUGUUUACAUUCAGUUCUCUUCACAUCAAGAACUGACUACAGUGGAUCAGAACCCUCAAGGGCGCAACCAGGAUGCGCCGCCUAAUCGAAUUCUCUUAGUCACAAUUCAUCACAUGCUAUAUCCAAUGACAGUGGAAGUGCUUCAUCAAGUGUUUUCUCCUUAUGGUUUUGUGGAGAAGAUUGUCACAUUUCAGAAGUCAGCUGGUUUUCAAGCCCUUAUCCAGUACCAGUCACACCAGAGUGCCCUUUCUGCAAUUGAUGCACUUCAGGGACGAAAUAUUUAUGAUGGCUGUUGUCAGCUGGAUAUUCAGUUUUCAAACCUUUCUGAGCUACAGGUGAACUACAAUAAUGAGCGCUCCAGGGAUUUCACAAACCCAGCUCUACCUUCAGAACAAAAGGGCAGAUCCUCCCAAUCAGGGUAUGGUGAUGCGGGGAGCAUGUAUGGUCUUCAACCUCCUGGAACUCGGGCAGUGGCAUUUCCACAGGUUUGUGUUGAUCAAGCUUUUCUCUUGGCCUUCCUUUUUCAGAUGGGAGAUGCUGCAGCCAUCACAGCUGCCUUUAGUGGGGGCCUACCUCCUGGAAUAAGUGGCACAAAUGACAGGUGCACUGUCUUGGUCUCUAAUCUAAAUCCUGAUAAAAUUGAUGAGGAUAAGUUGUUCAAUUUAUUUUCCCUUUAUGGAAACAUUGUGAGGAUUAAGCUUCUCCGUAGUAAACCAGAUCACGCCCUUAUUCAAAUGGGAGAUGGAUUCCAGGCAGAGUUGGCUGUGCACUUCUUGAAGGGAGCAUUGCUCUUUGGGAAACAGCUGGAGGUAAACUUCUCCAAGUAUCCAAAUAUAACACCAGCCCCAGACACCCAUGAUUACUCCAAUUCAAACCUUAACCGCUUUAACCGUAAUGCUGCCAAAAACUACCGGUAUUGCUGUUCACCAACCAAGAUGGUCCACCUGUCCACCCUCCCUCAGGAAAUUACAGACGAUGACUUGGUGACGCACCUGGAGGAGCAUGGGACUAUUGUUAACACCAAAAUCUUUGAGGCAAAUGGGAAGAAACAAGCCUUGGUUCUGUUUGAGACUGAAGAGCAAGCCGCUGAGGCACUUGUCUGCAAGCAUGCCACCUCUAUUGAUGGAUCAAUUAUCCGAAUCUCCUUCUCCCAGUUGCAGACUAUCUAGGAAUCCUGCAUGAAGAAAGAGGCAGCUUCCUUUAAGGACGGUUAUGUACAAUUCUAUGGUCAUACUGUUCUCUUUUUACCUUUCAUUGCAACUGUAAUGUAACCCACUUGGGAAGGUUAGAAUAAUGUUUGUCCCUCCUUUUAUUCUCUCCCUUAUUUUCCAAAAUUUAUAUAAUUUUACUGUUUUAUGUAUUCAUUCCUGGAUUUGUUGUUUUCUCUUUCCUUUUUGUUUUUGGCAAGAGAUUUCCUACUCUCCAUUUGUGUGUAACUUGAAGAUUGGCGAUAUUUCCGUUUAAAACUUCUUUUU